GUGAAGAUGGAUGAGAAGUCCAACAGCAGCCACCAGCGACUUGUUAUCGUCCUGCUCAUGGUGCUGAUCUUUGGCGUGAUUAUGGUCCAGUAUGUGUGCCCCAGCAAGUCCGAGUGCCGGAUGCUGCACCACCUGGGCUCCUGGUUUGCUGUCGGCGGUGCAACUCGCACCCGGAUCGGUGACAGUCCAGCCCAAGACGGGCUUCAGAAAGAUCCGUACAUCGCAGAGGAUGGCGCUCUUAACCGCUUCGUUCCUCGUUUCAACUUCACCAAAGCAGAUCUGAGCCGAGUUGUUGAUUUCAACAUCAAGGGGGAUGAUGUUAUAGUUUUCCUGCACAUCCAGAAGACUGGGGGCACGACGUUUGGUCGACACUUGGUGCGGAAUAUCAAGCUCGAGAGGCCCUGCGAGUGUCGCGCAGGUCAGAAGAAGUGUACGUGUUUUCGGCCUGGAAACAAGGAGACCUGGCUCUUUUCUCGGUUUUCCACCGGCUGGAGCUGCGGGCUUCAUGCAGACUGGACUGAACUGACCAGCUGUGUCCCCUCACGAAUGGAUUCCCAGGAGACUCUCAAAAUCCUGCCCAGUAGAAACUAUUACUAUAUAACAAUCUUAAGAGAUCCAGUGUCGCGCUACCUGAGCGAGUGGCGUCAUGUGCAGCGAGGUGCAACAUGGAAGGCCUCCUUACACGUGUGCGAUGGACGUUCGCCAACGUUGUCAGAGCUCCCAAAUUGUUACCCAGGAGAUGACUGGUCAGGUUGCUCUCUGCUAGAGUUCAUGGAGUGCCCUUAUAACCUGGCCAACAACCGACAGACCCGCAUGUUGGCCGACCUGAGUUUGGUGGGUUGCUACAACGUCUCCACUAUGAGUGACGAGGAACGCUGGGCAGUGCUUCUGGACAGCGCUAAACGAAACCUAAGAGGGAUGGCCUUCUUCGGUCUGACGGAGUACCAGCGUAAGACCCAGUACCUCUUUGAGCAAACCUUCAACCUGGAGUUCAUCGCUCCUUUUACACAACUGAACGGCACACGUGCUUCCAGUGUUGAUGUUCCUUCUGAGACACAGUACAGAAUUCGCCAACUGAAUCAAUGGGACGUAGAGCUUUAUGAGUACGCCCGUGACCUUUUCCUGCAGCGAUUCCAGGUGGCGAGGCAGCAGGAGCGCAGGCAGGCCAGAGAGAGGCGACAACAGGAGAGGAGGCGGCUUCGUGGAAGGUUCGCAGCAAAGCAGGGGAGGUGGCCGAAGCCCACUGAAAUGGCACACGUGACCAACGAGGUACAUCAGAAAGAGAAGGCAACAGAGACCAGUGUGGAGUCAAAAGUAGUACUUGAAGAAUGGUGGGAUCUGGAUGAGAAUAGUACCAUGGAGAACUACUCGGACAAUGUGGAACAAUGGUAACCGUUGGAUGUCAGAAAUACAAAGUGUGCCAAGCGUUGCCUUGUUUGUGUUCACUAA